GCCAAAGAAGGCAAUUAGCGCGGAAUUAGCGACAUAAGACAUCUGCAUCUAAACUAGCGCAACGGUCACGUUUGCGCCAGCAUUGAAUAUAUACCCAGGUAUCCUGCGACUCUCACUUGCCCACACUCAUAUAUCAUAGUCAGAGAGGUAAAUUGAAUUCUUCUUUUUGUCUUCUUGGACACAUUACUUCUCAUCCCACUACCCCUCCAUGGAUUCUUCACAAUUCCGCGAAGCGGCCAAAGGUGCCAUUGACGAAAUCGCAACCUACUACGAUACCCUCGAGGAACGUCCCGUCCUCCCCUCCGUCAAACCAGGCUACCUGCGCCCGCUACUCCCCGCCUCGACGCCCGAAGAAGGCGAAUCAUGGGAGACCAUCCAAGCAGAUAUCGACCGCGUCAUCAUGCCGGGCCUAACUCACUGGCAAAGCCCCAAAUUCAUGGCCUUCUUCCCGUGCAAUUCGUCCUUCGAAGCCAUGAUAGGCGACAUGUACAGCGGAGCCUUCAACGCCGCAGCAUUCAACUGGAUCUGCUCGCCCGCCAUCACAGAGCUAGAAACCGUUGUUAUGGACUGGAUAGCCAAGCUCAUUGCACUACCGAAAGACUUCCUCAGUGAGGGCGAGGGCGGAGGCAUCAUCCAAGGUACCGCCAGUGAAGUCGUACUAACAGCCCUUGUUGCCGCCCGCGAACGCCUCAUCCGCCGUAAACUGGGCGAUAUGCCUGAAGGCGAAGAGAGGAUGGACAAGGCAGCCGAUAUCCGGGGUAAGCUCGUUGCGUUGGGUUCCGAACAUGCGCAUUCGAGUACGCAGAAAGCGGCUAUCAUCGCGGGAACCCGAUACCGCAGUGUGCCAGCAUCGAAGGAAUCGAACUACAGCGUCACGGCCUCUGCUCUGCGCAAAACCAUCGAAGAGUGCCGCGCGAAAGGGCUUGAGCCGUUUUACUUCACCAUCACGAUUGGUAGCACAGGGACUUGCGCUAUCGACGACUUGGAAGGCAUCGCGGCGCUUGCGAAAGAGUUUCCUGACCUGUGGAUUCACGUCGAUGCUGCGUAUGCGGGAUCUGCGCUCGUGUGUCCCGAGUAUCAACAUCUCUGCAAGCCGAUUGCGUCGUUUGACUCGUUCAACUUCAAUCUGCACAAGUGGUUGCUGGUCAACUUUGAUUGCUCGGCUUUCUUUGUCAAGAAGAGGAGGGACUUGAUGGAUACGUAUAGUAUCACGCCUAGUUACCUGCGCAACCCUCAUUCUGAGCAAGGUCUCGUUACAGACUACAGAGAUUGGCAGAUUCCGCUCGGUCGCCGGUUCAGGAGUUUGAAGGUUUGGUUUGUGUUGAGGAGCUAUGGGGUUAACGGUCUGAGGCAGUUCAUCAGGAAGCAUGUCAAGUUGGGAGAGUACUUCCAUGAGUUACUGCUGUCGAAGCCAGACUUGUUCAGCGUAGCUACUGAGCCGGCGUUUGGACUCGUCACAUUCCAGGUCAAGCCGAAGAUGGCUUCGGAUACGGCGAAGGCGGCGAAUCAGGCUGACCCGACGCACGAGGCAUUGCAGAACGACUUCUACUCAGAUGCCGAGGCGCAGUACAAAGAGAUAGUCAAUCAGAGGACGAAGGAGGUUUACGAGAAGAUCAACAGCAAGGGAGAUUUCUUCCUGACAAGCACAGUUUUGGGUGGACUAUAUGUUAUCAGGGUAGUCAGUGCGACGAUCAAGAGUGAGGAGAAGUGGAUGAAGCAGAUGUUUGAUGAGUUGGUGGAGGCCGCGGAAGGCAAGGACAGUGAUAAGGCAGCUUGAGCGUAACUUAUGUCACCCUCAUGCUGCCACCCCCCCUUCAUCUCUUCCACAUGCGGUACAAGGCCAGGAAGUCCUAGGGGGUCACGGUGUCCACGGAAAUGUCAGUGCGAUGAGUAAGGAGGUCAAACGCUGAGAAUGUGAGAAAUGGACCUGAUAAUGUACGAAUAGUGGCCAAGAAUGACAUGGAGAUCAAGACAUC